AUGGCACAAGAGAAGAAAGCAGAGGAGAUCAUCAUCACUGCUUCCACUUCCCACAAAGAACCCACCACUAAUCCUUCUUUUAAGUUCAAUGCCCAUGCUCCAGAGUUUGUCCCAAGAUCACUACCCCAGAUGCCAGUCUCUGGUUAUUUUUAUCCUUAUCUCCAGUUCCUUGGCAAUGGCGUCGGUGAUUGGAUUUAUUUCGCCGAGCAAGAUCCCUCUAGUUUUGUUGCUGGUUCUCAUGCUAGAACUGCUGUCAGUACUAAGAGUAACAAUGAUGUUGUUCAGAAGAUUGUCAAACAGGUUGAGUAUCAGUUUAGUGAUACUAAUUUGAUUGCUAGUGAUUUCUUAAUGAAGAUCAUGAAUAAAGAUCCUGAAGGUUAUGUUCCAAUGUCUGUUAUUGCAUCUUGGAAGAAGAUAAAGUCUCUUGGUAUCAAUCAUCAAAUGUUGAUCAAAGCUCUUCGAACCUCGACAAAGCUUAUUGUGAGUGAUGAUGGGAAGAAAGUUAGGCGCAAACAGCUAUUCACAGAAAGAGACAAGGAAGAAUUGCAGUCACGCACUGUCAUUGUAGAAAACUUACCUGAUGAUUAUACACGCCAAAGUCUAGAAAAGAUGUUCAAUGUUGUUGGAAGUGUAAAGAAUGUUCGCAUUUGCCAUCCCCAAGAUCCAAACACUGCUAGAUCUUCAAAGAGUGAUGUGUUAAUCAGUAAUAAGUUGCAUGCGUUAGUGGAGUUUGAAUCUGCAGAUCAAGCUGAAAAAGCAGUUGAGAAGUUAAAUGAUGAAAGAAAUUGGCGAAAAGGUCUCCGUGUUAGAGCCAUGCUCCGACGCACUCCAAGAUCAGUCAUCAAAGGCCAAAGAUUCGAUUAUGAUCAUUUUGAUGUAAACACCGAAGAUGAGCAGUCACCGCCUUCUCAUCAGUCAUUAAGCUCACCUCGACAUAUAGAUCAACUACUGGAAGAGACUAUUGUUGAAGACAAUCAGAAUGGAAUAAGAAGAAGUUGGGGCCGAGGCCGAGCGAAGACACUGUCUUCGGUUCAGAGCCACAAUGGCCGUGGUAUACUUUCCCAAGCUCCGCAAUCUGGUGCAAGUCUUGGCAUGCAAUUGGAAUCAAUUGGCAAACAAACUCCACAAGGACCAAGAAUGCCAGAUGGUACAAGAGGAUUCACAAUGGGGCGUGGUAAGCCACUCAAUACUCCAGUCUUAGCAGCAACUGAUGCUCGUUCACUUCAGCUAUGAAUUUGCUGAAGUUUUUUUUUUCUCAAAUGUGGAGAUUGUAAUCUAAUCUGAUGCUAGGAAAGAAUAAAUUUUGUUUGUGUGAGUGUAGU